AUGUCCGCCCAGAGCCGCCUUCAGGCCAUCGUUUGGAACCGCCCCAAGCUCACCAUCCUCAACCAGCUCCUGCUGCCGCACAGCAGCGAGUACAUUGAGAUCCCCGACAGCGCCGCCGGCCACCACGCCAUCGUGACUAUGCAGACUCGCGGAGCCCCAGCCAUCGCCAUCGUCGCAGCCCUGGCCCUGGCCGCCGAGGUCAGCGCGCAGACCUUCGGCUCGGACGACGAGGCCCGGCAGUUUAUCCACGCAAAGCUGGACUACCUGUCGACAUCGCGGCCCACGGCGGUCAACCUGUUUGACGCCAUCACCAAGCUGAAGAAGCUAACCAACACGUGCUCCAACGUCGCCGCAGCAUACGUGGACGCCGCCGAGCAGAUGCUGGCCGACGACAUCUCCGACAACAAGGCAAUUGGCGCCAACGGCGCGGCUUUCAUUGAGCGUCGGCGGCCCGAGACUGUGCCCCGGAUCAAGGUGCUGACGCACUGCAACACCGGCGCACUGGCCACCGCCGGCCACGGCACUGCUCUGGGCAUCAUCCGGUCGCUGUACCAGAAGGACGGGUCGGUUCUUGAGCACGGCGCGCGGCUCACUGCCUACGAGCUCAAGGAGGAGGGCAUUCCGUCGACGCUUGUCUGCGAUUCUGCAGUCUCGGCAUUGCUGCGCAGCGACCCGUCUAUCCGCGCCAUUGUUGUUGGUGCUGAUCGUAUCGGCACGUACCAGCUGGCCAUCACCGCAAAGUUCCACGGUGUUGAUUUCAUCGUCGCUGCCCCCGUCACCAGCAUCGACCUGGGCCUAAAGUCGGGCAGGGACAUUGUCAUUGAGGAGCGCAACAUGGACGAGAUCACGCAGACCGCUGGCUUCGUGAGCGAGUCGAUUGGAGGAGAGCUGGUGAGGCAGACGUUGCAGGUUGCGCCGGUGGGGACCAAUGCAUGGAACCCGAGCUUUGACGUCACGCCCGCCGAGCUCAUUACCGCGGUGGUUACCGAGAAGGGUGUGUUUGAGAAGAGGGGCGCCGAGUUUGAUCUGGUCAGCGACAUUGCCAAGGCCUGA